UGUUCGAAAGCUAUGAAUCAGUUCGCGGAGUUGAAGUCUCCUAACUCUGAAAUAGUCCGUGCGAACUAUAACAAACUUUCUGAGCAUAUCAGAAGGUUGACCCCUCAAGGGAUACAGUGCAGUGUAUUUUGUGGGGGGGUCAAUUGCAAAUAUGAAAAUCCCGAAAGUUGGAAACCGGACAGUUUGGCGAUUCAUGGGAUUUAUUCUCAUUGGAUUACCGACGAUAUACUUGCGAUGGCUCGUCCCAGCACCAUUGUGAUAAUCCAGAAAAACAUAAUUCAACAGUUUCAAAGUUUAGGAAUCAAAUCUAUUAUAAACUUACAAUCUCCAAGGGAACAUGCCAGCUGUGGUCAGCCUCUGGAGAGCUCUGGAUUCUCCUAUGACCCUAACAUAUUUAUGGAACAAAACAUUUAUUAUUAUAAUUUUGCUUGGAAGGACUACGGUGACGCCACUUUAGCAGGACUCCUUAAUAUGGUAAAAGUGUUGGCGUUUGCAUUAACCGAAGGAAGGGUGGCGAUACAUUGUCAUGCAGGUCUUGGGAGGACAGGAGUUCUCAUUGCUUGUUAUCUAGUAUAUUCCUUGAGAGUAACAGCUAACGAUGCUAUUAGAUACGUAAGACUUAAAAGGCCUGGUUCCGUACAAACAAGAGGUCAAAUUCUAUGUGUAAGACAUUUUGGCCAGUUUAUUCUUCCUCAAACUAUAACGUAUUUUAUAAAGGAUCUCGUAGGUAAAGACAAAUAUAUGAACAAAUUUACACUCCAUAGGUUUUUAAGAAGACAAAAAGUGGUACUUCAUGGAUACGAUGAGAGAAAUUUUAAAUUUAUUCCAAAGAUUAUCCAUCAUAUUUGUGAAAGAAUUUUAAAGUUAUGCUCCUGUUGGGUAAAUGAGUUUUCUCCGUCAAAUAUACCUUAUACAGUUGAUUUUUUGGCAGGAAAAAUUCACGGAAACUUAAACAGGCAUUCCAGUACCUACAGUAUUAGCAGUCUAUCAAGCACAAAUUCAGAUCAAAUAUUCCUAAACUCCGAAUUGGUUCAAUCACCGGGCGAUAUGCCUUCUCCUUCCAGUCCUAACCCCUCAGAAAUGGGUGAUGUCAUGGACUCGUUUUCUGAGUUAAGUACUUUAGAUGGCGAAGAAAUGAGCGAGGAAAUCCUUUUAGAAAAUAGAUGUUUUCAAGAACUCGAAUCUCAGAAAUCGUUUGCUCAGGUACAAAUCGAAGAAGAAAUAAUAGUUCAAGAUAUUAGCGUGGCAGUUAAUGCAUUAAUUAGUGAUAUGGAAACUUUUAGUGCUGCUACUAAGAAAAAAAUACGGGAUUAUCAACAUCAAAUAAAUUCUUCUCAAUUGGGAUGGGCGAAAUUGAGCGUAGAAAAUGAUUUAAGUGUGUUGGCUUCUCUGCUCUUUGAGUGGUUAGAGGAAUUGAAGGUUCCAGUCAUCAAAAUGGAGAAUUUUGAGAAUAUUGUGGUACAUUAUAAGGAACCUGAGUUAUGCAUACAAAAGUUUUCUUUGGAGGAAUGCUACCUAAUAGAAUACUUAUUAAAGUUUUUCCUUAAAAUCCAACCUGUCAGUAAAGAAAAUCAAGAAGAUAUGUUAAAAAGGAUGAUCGCAGCACUGUCUAAACACAGCGUUUUGAUAAAUAACAAUGCAAUUCCUUCGGGAAAAGGAUUUAAAAAGAUUGGCGAUGGAACUCUGACCUGUACAUAUCACCUAUUCCAGUCAUUGGCUGAACUAAUUGAAAACCACACAAAUGAUAAGGCAGAUAUGAUAUAUAAUCAGGGUGAAGACAAGAUAUCUGAAAGUUCUGAUAUUGAAGAAGACUUCCAUAGAUAGUACAUUUAUCUUAAGUAUUUAAACAUUUUUUUUCCUUUUUCUUGUUUAUGAAAUAACCAAAUGCUUUUUGUUGGUUGUAUUAUUCUUCAUACGAAUGACGAUAAGAUGUUUAUACAUUUUGAUUAUAAUGUAGUUUUAAAUUUGUCAAGCAUUUAAGAGCAAACCGAACACCAGUAAUUUCUAAUUCCUUUUGAGUCUUUAUUUUUGGUCCGAUUUUUGUGAAAUUAUCAGGAAAUACUCAGGGUCGAAAAACUGUGAUUUUUUUUUGGAUAAUAUUUAUAAGAGAUAAAAAACAUUUAUGCUCCAUUCUGUAUAUUAAAUCUAUGAAACUUUAAUUUUAAAUGUCUCUGUAAAGUGUGCUGCCUCAUUAUCGUUGCACACAGGAGCGGAUAUGACCCCUUAGGAAAUCUCUUGAAUUCUUUUCAAACUUAAAUUGUUGAUAAAAAUAAUUAAAAACCGCGGAGGCACCUAAUGUCGCUUGUAGGACUAGCGAACUGGAAAAUUUCCCGGUUUCCAGGUGAGUCAAUUCCGUCCCUGCUUCAUUGUUAAGGGUGAAGGCCAUACAUUUUUUAAUAGUUUCGCCAUCUAUUGACGGAUCUCAAAACAAGGGCUAUUUUAUAAUAGAUUUUUGCGUUGAUAUGUUCUUUGUUUUUUCAAUUCGUCUAUAGAUGGCGCCACCAUAACAAAUAGAUAGUACUCAUUGUCAGCCAUUUUAUGUCCACAUUUUAAACAGAAAAUAGCUUUGGUAGUGGAGUGAUUUUUUUUCGUUUUCUCGCUAACUAUACAUCAAAAUCAGGCGCGGAUACAUAAUAGGGUAAUUACCCCCCCCCGAGCUGCUCGAAAAAAUCGAGGAAUUUAUUAAAUUUUAAUCUAAAAACAAUGAGAUUUUACAAAAAAGCAAAAAAAAUCUGAUAUGUCGAACACAUGACUUUCCUAUCUAGUUAUUAUAGGCUUUUUCUGGUUAUUUUGUACAACCUAUUGCAGCACCUCUAUAAAUGUUUAGAGGACAAUCUAAAUAUAUACAUUUUCCACAUACAUCUACCUCGAAACAUUUUUCUAUAGAUAUUCAUUGAAAACGAAAAUACUGAAAAAUUUAAAUUUAGCACUUUUCCUCCAAUUUUUCCAUUACGGUCCAUUUUAGAAAAAUCAUGUAUAAACAAAAAUUAAAGAGAUCGAAAUCGCAAACAACUUUUAGUUUAACAAUUUUCUUAAAAAUCACAAUUUUGCACAUUUUGUCAAAUUUCUCGAAUACGGACCAUUUCUGGAAGAUUUUACAUAAAACAAAAAUUAUAAAUAAUAUUAGAACUAACUUUUAUUUGAACAAUUUUCUUCUCCUAACGUAAAUAACAGAUAUAUUCUAUUAAAUAUAAAAAUGACCACAUUAAAGUACCCCCCAAAUUCGACUCUGUCCAAAAUCUAAUCAGUUCAUUGAACGCCAGAAUAAAGCUUAAGUUAAAAAUUGGGUGUUUUUCUUUGUAUUGGUUCAUGAGUUAUGGUGGAUACACACACACACGCGCACGCACGCACUGACACAUACACACACACACCACACUACACCACACACACACACCGCACCACACACACACCACACACACAACACACACAC